UUUUGUUGCUUCAGAAAAUAUGAUUUGGUGAAAUGAGAAUAGAAUUGCCAGAAAGAAUGCCAACAUAGCUUCCUUUCGCUUUACGCCAUUAACUGUAACUGAUUUGAUUCCCUUUACGCGUCUUAAGCUUAGCAGCUUGUGGAAAAAAAGGGGUAGUUGUCAGAUACUCGGAUUAGGGUUUGUACCUUACAAGACUUUUCAGUCUCAGAGCAUCAAGAGGGGGAGAAGAGAGAUAAAAAUGAAAGAUUUCGGAGAAAAGCAACGAUCCUUAAGUGGGUAUUUUAUGUUGGGACUUCGCUUUCAGGGCUUCAAUUGAUACCCUUCUGCUUUGGGUUUUGAUUGAUUGGAUAGAGGAGUAUCGACUGGAAGAUUCAUGUUUGAUCAUUGAAAAACGGCAUAAGUUGGGAUUUGCAGAGCUACUAGGUUCUUUGAGGAUCUGGUGUUGAAAAUGGAGAAUCAUGAUGUUCCCAGUGAUGAUUUGUCCGUAGUUUUCAUUGGAGAGGUGAAAAUAGAUGAAGAGGAGGAAGAAUUCAGGAGCUGUUGUGCGGAGGAGGAGGAAUUUAGGGACAUGGAGGAAACUAAAAAUGAAGGGCAAAAGGACGAUUUUGACGAAUUUACUGUGAAGAUGUUCUUCAAAGGCAUAUCCAUUUCUGGUGCUGGAGAAUCGAGUUCUGGUUUUUCCGGAAUUGGGGUGGUUAUCGAAAAAUCACACGGGGCUCCUGUUAUUCAGGUGCAGAAAAAGCUAGAUUUCUAUGUUGAGGAAUCAGUGGCUGAGUAUUUGGCUUUGAUGGAUGGUCUAGUGGAGGCUUUGCAGAGUAAUGCUCAGCGUAUCUAUGCAUUUACUGAUUCCAAGAUUGUUUAUGAUCAGGCAUGUAUUUGUUAAUUUUAUUUCUAUAUU